AUGGAAAUUAACUCGGAAACUCUCCAAUAUGAUCCUGGAUUGCGUACACCGAUUUUGAGUUAUCAUCCUAAUGUUCGAGACCAAGUUCGAAGAGCCUAUCUCCAAAAUAAACCUUGUCAACCAAAAACCCAUGCAUUUCCCUACACAAAUUUUGGGACAAAGCCUAGAAGGUUCAAUCCUGCUUGGUUUACUCAAUUUCCUAAUUGGUUGGAGUAUAGCACAUCACAGGAUGCUGCCUAUUGUUUAUGUUGUUAUCUCUUCAAACCUGAUAUUGGAGAUCAAUCUGGUGGGGAUACUUUUGUUGGAGUCGGAUUCAAGAAUUGGAAGUGCAAGAAGAAACUAGAAAUUCAUGUUGGAGGACCUAAUAGUUCUCAUAAUAAUGCUUGGAGAAACUGUGAAGCCUUAUUAAACCAAAAGCAACAUAUUGAAACAGUUAUCACAAAACAAACUGAUCAAGAUCGAAUUGAUUAUCGAACUCGAUUAGGUGCAUCAGUUGGGAAGGACAUCUCAAGUGCUAUUUCAUAUGAAAUCAUUAGUGCAAUCACUAGUGAUAUUAAUGAUUCUUUAUUUUCCAUUCUUGUUGAUGAAUCACGAGACAAGUCUUCAAAUGAGCAAAUGGCCAUUGUAUUGCGCUUUGUGGAUAAGGGUCAUGUGAUAGAGCGCUUUGUAGGUAUUGAGCAUGUUGCAGAUACUAAAGCUUCCUCACUCAAGUUAGCCAUUGAUGAUUUCUUUUCUAGACAUGGACUGAGCAUAUCAAAAUUGCGUGGGCAAGGCUAUGAUGGGGCAAGUAAUAUGCAAGGUGAGUUCAAUGGCCUUAAAGCACUAGUUUUAAAUGAGAAUGAGUCUGCCUUUUAUGUUCAUUGUUUUGCUCAUCAACUUCAAUUAGCUCUAGUAGCAGUGGCAAAAAAAAAAUUCUGA